AUGAGACCGAACAAAACAAGUCUGCUUCUGGCGUUAUUAUCCAUUUUAUCGCAAGCGAACGCCUAUGAAUACGUGAAUUGUUUUAGCUCACUACCCUCUGACUUUUCAAAGGCCGAUUCAUAUAACUGGCAGUCGAGUUCACACUGUAACAGUGAGUGUAGCGCAAAAGGUGCAAGCUACUUUGCCCUUUAUAAUCAUUCAGAAUGUUAUUGUGGUGAUACUAAUCCAUCUGGUUCGGAAUCUACUUCCUCUUCAUGUAAUACGUAUUGCUUUGGUUACAGCAGUGAGAUGUGUGGUGGUGAAGAUGCCUAUUCUGUGUACCAACUUGACUCUGACACAAAUAGCAAUAGCAUAAGCAGCUCAGAUUCAAGUACGGAGUCUACUUCUGCGUCGUCUUCCACAACUUCUUCAACAACGUCCUCCACAACAUCAACUACAUCAUCGACUACAUCAUCAACUACAUCAUCAAUGGCGUCUUCCUCUACAGUACAGAAUUCCCCCGAGUCAACUCAAGCAGCUGCCUCUAUUUCAACGUCACAGAGUUCGAGCACUGUAACGUCAGAAAGCUCGCUAACUUCGGAUACUUUGGCAACGAGCAGUACUAGCUCUCAAUCACAGGACGCCACUUCGAUAAUCUAUUCCACUACUUUUCACACUGAGGGCGGUUCCACAAUUUUUGUCACGAACACCAUCACGGCAAGUGCACAGAAUUCAGGAUCGGCCACAGGUACAGCUGGAUCUGACUCUACGAGUGGAAGUAAAACUCAUAAAAAGAAAGCCAAUGUAGGGGCAAUUGUAGGCGGCGUUGUAGGUGGUGUAGUGGGAGCCGUAGCCAUUGCUCUUUGUAUCUUGUUGAUUGUCAGACACAUUAAUAUGAAGCGGGAACAAGACAGGAUGGAAAAGGAAUACCAAGAGGCGAUAAAACCAGUUGAGUACCCUGAUAAACUAUACGCCUCUUCAUUUUCAUCUAAUCACGGGCCCUCUUCAGGUAGCUUCGAGGAGGAGCACACCAAAGGGCAAACUGAUAUUAACCCUUUCGACGACUCAAGGAGAAUAAGUAACGGAACAUUCAUAAAUGGCGGACCAGGAGGGAAAAACAACGUUUUAACAGUGGUCAAUCCAGACGAAGCUGAUUGA